AAAUUAAAGGAUGGAGUUUGAGAUUUUACUAUAGCUUGGUGGGAGUAAGUGUUUUGGCCAUUUGUAAAACACCCGAACGGGUUGUGACACCAUCCAGACUCGGCACUCAUAACAACAGUAGCCAAACAAACCAGAACGUUCAAUCAAUCAGGGUCGAACUCGAUCAUGGAAGUUCCAGGUUCAUCGAAGAAGAUGAUAGCGACACAAGAAGAGAUGGUGGAGGCGAAAGUCCCAAUUCCGUACAGAGACCAAUGCGCCCACUUGCUUAUCCCUCUCAACAAAUGCAGACAGGCCGAGUUGUACUUGCCGUGGAAGUGCGAAAACGAACGCCACAUCUACGAGAAGUGCGAGUACGAACUCGUCAUGGAACGUAUGCUCCAGAUGCAAAAGAUCCGUGAAGAGGAGGCCAAAUUGAAGAACGCCCAGACUUCCAAGGGCGCCCCCAUCCCUCUCAUUCCCAAAACUGCUUCCUAAUCUAUUUCUUUUUUCUUUUUUAUGUGAUG